AUGGAGUCAAAAGAAUGGAGCUCCGGCGUGUGGACGCGCCUCCACGACGUCCGGCGAGGAUCACCGCUAGUUCAGUGCAUCACCAACUUAGUCUCAAUGGAUCUCGUGGCGAACACGCUUUUAUCAGCCGGAGCAUCACCGGCGAUGGUUCAUUCCGUCUAUGAGGUUCCUGAUUUCACACCUCAUAUUCACGCCCUCUGCGUCAACGUCGGCACGCUUACACCUGAUUGGCUUCCCUCCAUGAAAGCCGCCGCCGAACUCGCUUCUCAUCUCGGAAAGCCUUGGGUUCUCGAUCCCGCCGCCGUGAGUUGUUCCGGUUUCCGGUUAAAGGCGUGUUUGGAGCUCGUUGAGCUUAAACCUAGUGUGAUCAAAGGAAACGGUUCUGAGAUCAUUGCUCUCUCGGGCUCUGGUUCGCAGGGUCACACUAAGGGUGCGGAUAGUUCUCAUGAAUCUACAGAGGCUAUAGAAGCUGCCAAGUCGUUAGCUUUGUCGAGUGGUGCUGUGGUUGCAGUUUCAGGAGCUGUUGAUAUCGUUACAGAUGGGAAACGGGUUAUUGGUGUCCACAACGGGACAAAGAUGAUGCAGAAGAUCACUGCAACCGGAUGUUCUCUAUCUGCUCUGGUUGCAGCGUUUCUUUCUGUUGAUCCAUUACAGCCACUGGAAGCUACUGUUUCCGCUAUGUCUGUCUUUGGCAUCGCAGGUGAGUUGGGUGAAGAUAUGGCCAAGGGUCCAGGUUCAUUGAGAAUGCAUUUGAUUGAUUCUCUUUACCGUUUAGAUGAAACCACAGUGCUUAGCCGUGUGAAAAUCACCAAGUUGUGUUGAUCUUACAAGACUCUUUGUGAUUUGCUUUCAAUCAAUAAGUGUUACACAUAACAAACAAACAAAAAAAGAACAUUCACACAUGUAUACAAUUUUGAUUCUCUUAGUACUUUAGAUGGACAAUGAUCCUUAGUAAAGACUCUGCACCGUCCACUUGAUGCUGACCAGAUGGAAUCAAAGGCCUGACCUCGGCAAAGCCACAAGCGUUCUUGAACCUACCUGUUCCUCCAGUCACUGACAGAUGCGACAUGGCGCUUCCGAUCCUGUAAAUUCCAUAGAAGUUGAGGUUGUCGUUGUACUCUCCACCUUCAAGCAUAGCCGUGAAAGCCAUCAUCUGCGUGCUUCCAUCUCCAGAACUUGCAACGUAAACUCCUUGAGCUUUACCAAGCGGCUGCGAACCCAAGUCAGGACCAGAUGUGAGUAUGUCAUCAAUGACCGUGAUUGUGCCAAACCCGAGACUCAAACCAUCAGGACCCAGUUGAGUCUGAAUCCCGUUCAGGUUCUGACCAGAGUAAGCUGUACCGGACAAGCCUGUCCCUAGAGGUACACCGUUGAUACCGUUAACGGUCGGGAGGGCGCCGUUUGCAUUGGGUACGGCUAUACCGUUUUCGGGAGGAGUGAAACCAAUCUGCUUAGCGAAAGGAACUUGACCGUUGUAGAUGUUGCCGAGCAAACCUGUGAUUGGUCUCGCCGUGGGGCUGCCUCCUCCAAGUAUAUCGUGCAUGUAGAGUUCGAAAAUGGGGUCUUCUUCGGGUGGCGGUUCAAGUGCUGCUGCGAAAACAGCUAGUGUGAGCAAGAAGAAAAGCAAGAAUGGUGAUUGCUUAAUCAUGAUGAUGAUGGAGAAUGUACGUUGUUUCUCUGUUUGGAAGAAGAAUAUUAUGAACUGAUUUAAGUAAGAUUGUUUGAUGAAUAAGUGAGAGGUGUGCAAUGGUGUGUGUGUUUAAAUAGAGAGGUAGUGAUUGUGAAGUUGUUCAGGUUUAUGAGUUGUUGUUAGUGUAGUUGUUGAAUGUCGAGUUCAGUUCUGUA